AUGUCUGAUGAUCUUAAUAAUCUUGACGAUGAACGUCAACGUUUUCUAAUUGAUUUGGAAUUUGUUCAAUCACUUGCUAAUCCGCAAUAUUUAAAUUUUUUGGCUCAACGUAGUUAUUUUAAAAAUCAAGCAUUUAUUAAUUAUUUGAAAUAUUUACUCUAUUUUAAACAGAUAAACUAUGUUAAGUUUAUACGUUAUCCACAAGCAUUAUAUUUUCUCGAUUUACUACAACGUGAACAAUUUCGUAAAGAAUUGGUUAAUGCAACAUAUUGUCGUUAUAUUGAAGAUCAACAAUUAUUAGCAUGGCAACGUUUACAACGACGAAAAUUUCAGCAAUUGACUACUAAUAGUGCAACAACUCUAACAACGAAUGCGACGAGUACAUCAUCUACAACAAGUUGA